AUGGAUUUUUUAAAUUGUUAAAACACUUAAUGUCCUGAAAAGUAUAUCUGCUUAAAUGAAGAAUGUUAUUUAGCUGAAAAAAAACAAAUUUAAUGUUAUUAGUGUCUUACUAAAUAUCAUAUAAAUAAAAACAAAGUAGUUAAACAUAUGGAUGAUUUCAUUGAGAUAGAAUAAUUUAUUAAUGAAAUAAAAAAGAAACAAAUUAGAAGGACUACUUUCAUUUAGAUGAUUAUAUAAUAAGCAUAAGACUUUUCAAAAAACAAAAUUUAAGAAGUAUAACUAAGUAGAAAUGCUGAUUUAAUUAAAAAUGCCACUGAAAAAAUAGAAGGAGAAACUGCUAAAUUUCUUAAAUUUCUGAGUUCUACAUAUUUAGAAUAAAAAUUCACAUUUCCAUACCAAAAUUCAUUCCAUACUUAAUAUGUUAAGUUUUAUUUCGAAAAUGAAAAUUAAUAUUAAGAAGAUUCAAAUUAAAAAUUAGCUACACUAUUCUCAUCAAUUGAUAAAUAUAUGCAAGCUCUUGAUUUAGACAUUCGAAAUAUUAUAAAAAGGUUUAAAUUAGUUUUAUAAUUAAUUUAGGUCAUAGUAGAAAUUAGAAGUCCUUGAAAAACAAGUCACUUAAUUUAAAAAAUAAUCUCUUUAUAACAAGUUAUUAUUAUUAAUGUUAAUCUUAUUAUUUCCAUAUUUAUUCUAUUUGUAAUUUAAUUAAUUUGAAUUAAUCAAAUUUUAUAGACAAUAAGAAUUAAAUGCACAAAAAUAAGAUUAUUUAAUAUAGGAUCUCUUAACUUUGAAGGAUAAAUUUAAUAUUCUGUAAUAAUAGUAUCAAUAUUUACUAAUAAAUUAAACUGAGGAUAUAUCUGUAUUAAAUAAGACAGUUAUACAAGGAAUAGACAGUGUUUCAAAAUUAAAGCUUCGAUUUGAUACUUUUAAAUAAAGUUCUACUUUAAAUUUAGAGAAAAACAAGAUUUACUUUGAAACUCGUUUAGAAUCCAUAUAAAAUAAUUUCACCUAUUUUCUUAAUUCAGAAGUUCUUCUAAAAAGUUAAAUCUAACAAAUAUCAUCAAUGCUUGACUUCAAAAUUAUUAAUGAUUAAAAGAUUAAAUCUGAAUCUGAAUAACAAAAGAAAGUAAAACUAGAAUAAUUGAAAAGACUAAAAGAGACAGUACAUUAAAUAAAUUAAGAGAAUGUGAUGAGAAAGAUAAUUUAAUUAAAAAAUUAUAUAUAUUCACUUUUGAAUUUUAGACCUUUGAUCAAAAUUCAUAAAAAUUUACCAAAAUAAACACUCAAAAAUUUUGAAUUAAUAUAUGACGAGUUAUUUAAUAAACCCAUAUUAAUUUAUACAAUGGCUUAAAUAUAAUAAAAAGUUUUUAAAUAUGCUGGUGACAACCCUUUACUAUGUUUGGGAGGAUUAAAUUUGAUGAAUUUAGAUGCCAUUGAUUUAAUAGCAUGUGAUUUUGCAAAUGAUAUGUUGUAACCAACUUUUGACUCAAAAAAGGCUAUUAAAAGUACUCAUGGAGAUAUCUACUGGUAUUAAGUUUAAGAAUCAUCAUUUGGAUUUGCACCAAAUGAAAAUAUCUAAUUAAUACUUUGUGAUGAUUAUGAUGAAAAAAGUGAGUAUAGAUUAAGUUAUUGGUAUGAUUUAAAAACUUUAUCUGGAGGGCGUCGAUUAGGCAAAGAAUUAUAUCUAGAGAAUUCAACUUAACAUAGAUUAUAGAUAUAUUUAUUAAAUCCUCCAUUUUAAUGA